GCCCCUCUCCUUCCCCAGGUGUGAGGUACCACCAGUAUCGUCUCCAGCGAGUCACAGUGACAGCGGCUGUGCCUCUCCUUCUGAAGGAUCCGGCGGAGGCGCUGGCGGAGGUGGUGGAGGUGAGGUGUUGGCGCCCCUGGUGACCCUUGGCCGGGGGGUGUCUAUGGGCACGGGGUCGGUAUCCACGUCCCCCGCCACGUCGUCUGUGUCCCCCAGCUACCACCCCAGCACCAGCACCAGCAGUAACACUACCGCAGGGGCGCCCCCACCCCAGCCCCCACAGGCUCUAGACCCAGCCUGGCUCACAACCCCCUCGCUUACACACAACAACAACACCCUGCAUGAGGUGAAGGGGAACCCAGCAAUAGCGCACGACGGACGUGUUCGAGGCGCUCCCUCCUACACCCCAGCAGCGACUAGAGCACGACCUCUCGCUUCCACCUGCAGCUUUUACUCCAGUGAGUUCUCCUUUGUGCCUAUCAGUACGACACGAGGUCUUAACCAGAGUAGUAAGGGUACCCUAGGCUCCAGUGCCCUAGGUUCCUCAUGUCUAGGCUCCACGGGGUCCUUGGGUACGGCGAGCUCCCUAGGAUCAGCUACGGCCUCGUAUUUGGCGCCCUACGGAUCCUUCGGCAGUAGUAGUGGGACUCAAGCGUGUCAGAACCCGUACUAUGGCACCUCAUACAACGCCUCCUUCGCCACCGGCAACACACAGAACUACACCUCCACACAACAGCAGGGACUGGACUCAGCUUACUACUCAGCGGCGGCGUACGCGGGUCAGGCGGCCGCGGCAGGCAGUUACUACUAUGGCCAGGGUUACGCGGGAUACAUGGGCUCCUCUAGCGCUUCCUCCACCUCCUCCGCCGCCGCUGCCGCUGCCUCCAAUGGCCUCUCCUCUGGCCUCCCGACGGCGGCACCGACCACGCCCACCGCCACCACCUACCAGCUCACAUUACCCCUGGAGAAUACGACAGGCUUUCAGGGUGUUGACAGCCCUUCGUCCCCGAUGAAAGACACAGCGUCAAGGUCGAGGAACGGUCGGGCGCGUCGCAGUAACCCGUCACCCGAUCCGGAGAACAAGGUGGAACGAGUGUACAUCUGGGACCUUGACGAGACCAUUAUUAUCUUCCACUCUCUCCUGACGGGGACCUACGCCAGAACCUUCGGCAAGGACACAGCUAAUGCCGUCCAGCUAGGCUACCACAUGGAGAAGUUGAUCUUUGACUUGGCAGAUACACAUUUCUUCUUCAACGAUUUGGAAGAGUGUGACCAGGUCCAUAUAGACGACGUAUCAUCUGACGACAAUGGACAAGACCUAAGCAAUUACAACUUCGCAACGGACGGCUUCAGCGCAGCCAACAGUAACGCCUCCUUAUGCUUGGGUACAGGAGUUCGAGGGGGUGUUGACUGGAUGAGGAAGCUUGCUUUCAGGUACCGGAAGAUCAAGGAAUUAUUCAACAGCUGCAGAAACAAUUCUGGUAGUUUGUUGGAUCCAGAAAACAGGGAAAAAUGGCAUCGAGUCCGCCAGGAUAUUGAGACGUUGACUGAUAGUUGGCUGACUGAAUCCAUGAAGUGUUUGCAGCUUAUUGCCUCCAGACCCAACUGUGUUAACGUCCUAGUUACCACCACGCAGCUUGUGCCGGCACUAGCCAAGGUCUUACUAUAUGGUCUAGGGUCGGUCUUCCCUAUAGAGAAUAUCUAUUCGGCAACUAAAGUUGGAAAAGAGAGUUGUUUUGAACGAAUUGCUUCACGAUUUGGACGGAAGCCGGUGUAUGUUGUUGUGGGCGAUGGAAGAGAUGAGGAGAUGGCUGCCAAGCAACUUGAUUUCCCAUUUUGGAGGAUCCAAACUCAUCACGAUUUUGUUAACCUGUACAAGGCUUUAAGUAUUUGCGGCCUUUGAGUACACCUGGAUGGUCAUCACAUCAUCUCAACUGUAAUAAGAACCUUCUUUCUCUUCUUCCCAAUAAAUGAUCUUCAGCAACUCACAGUAGCCCUCAACUAUCUCUGUAAUAUCAAAUAACAGUUUUCAGCAAGUUCAAACUAUUUUCAGCACUAUUCUUAAGACAUUUUUGUAACCCUCUAGAUUCUUACUCUGUAGACUUAUCAGUAUAUUUAGAUAUCAGAGUAUCACCAGAAUACUCCCUUUAGAACAACCAGUCAUCUCUACUAGUUUGAUUACAUGGUUACCUGUCCAUGAAUUUUAAAGUUUUCUCACUAUGUACUAUAACCUAACAUUAUAAUAACCUUAUGCUCACAUACAGUAAUUAAUUUUACACCAGUAACCUCUUCAUAAACUUGAUCUACAUGCCAGAUAUCCCUUAAAUUCUCAUGAACUUCUUAAGAUGUCCAGAAUUUCAGUACAGGGUACAGUAUUGCUAUAAUCCAUAAUUCAGUAUUGGUAUGAAAUUGGUCUGCAACAUUUUCUCGUCAGAAGGAGAAGUGAGACUCGAAGAUUCUCGGCAAGUGUUAAUAACGUUGAGCAAAUAGUCGGCAACAUAUGACCUAAGCUGUUGCGUCAUCAUGGCUGUAAUUACCACAAUCAAUCAAUCAAUCGAGCAAAUAGUGAUAAAGUAAUCCACAUGAGAGAGUUAAAGAAGAAGGACCUUCGCUUACUCUCGGUUAUGUUGGAAUAUAAUGCCGAGGAGGACCACAUCUCAUUUAAAUGAAAUGUAAAAAAUGUCAGUUUUGACACUGCAACAGUGCUUUUUGUGUGAAGCAGAGAGAUGCUUUGAAAAUGCAUCAGUCAUACUCUGAAGUUUUGAAACUGUAUGUUGAAAAUAUACAUGUGAACUAUACUGUGGAUCUGGUGACAUUCAAGAAUCACAUUCAGUAUGUACAGUAUACUGCUGUUGUGUAUGUAUUAAUGCUGCAGAUACAUGAGCAGAAAUCAUUGAUGAUGCUUUUGAUUCUGAUUGUAAUACUCAAAAUCAAUUUCAAAUGAAUAUGCAUUAGAUAAAAUUGAAAACCACAAGAAACCUGUUGUGUAGUAGACAUGUAUGUUUGCUCUAAACAUUCCCAAAAUACAUAUUCACAAGGUAUAUAUAUUUCUCAUUAUGCUAAUACAUCGUCUGUGUAUGAAAAUUACAGGCACAGUGGAGUGUACACCUGUAUAUUGUACAAUAUGUGGGAUUAUGGUUGGACAGUGUAAAACAAAGCCUCAUAUUGCCCUCUGCCAGAACUGUUGGAUUGUAGACUGUACAGGAGCUCAGUCGUGUCCAGGAGCAUAUUUAUGAAAACUUGCGGUUCCAUACAGUUGAAGAAUUUUUCUGUUCUAGAGCAUUUGGCAUCAGAAACUGGAUCUAGUGUCUUCAUUUACGGCUUGUUUCUGUAGUAUUACUUCGACCCCCACACUACGGUGGCACCAGGGCAUGCCUCUUGAAGUUCUUUAUGUUGUAGUGCUGUUGUUGAACACUGUUUUGUAUAUAUCUGCCUCUCCUACUCAUUCAGAAUAAGUCAGUUUGCCGGGCCUAAUAUGAUACGUUGAGCCGUAGAGGUAAACUUAGAGAAAGAAAGCCUUUUAGGUAGUGAUAUCCUGCUUUUGAAACAGUCCAGUUAAGUGGCAUAAUAAGUAAGCAACGUUCCAUUUAUAUAACCAGAUGAAAUAUCCCUCAAAGUAGUAAUGUUUGUACAAAAUGUAAAGCAUUAGAUGAUUGUCCUAAUUUGCUUUGUACCUUAAUAUUUGUAGUGACUGUAGCCUAGAAAAAAGUUCUGGAAUAUAUUAGUACUGGCCACAAACCCUUCGAGCUCAGUGUUUCUGUCAUCUUAUGCUGGAAAUUACUCUCACCUCGAAAAUAUACAAGGAUUAAUCAACUACUGGGCCUUUCAUAUAUCCCAGUUUUCAUUUAAGAUAUUGUGAUGAUGCUGUUAAUUUUUAUACAUGCUUCAAACACAGUGGCUGGCAGACAUUAUCAUUUAUUGGUAUUUUUUUUUGUUUUUACAAGUUAUUAAGCUCAUAGUUGAUUAUUUUCCUUGAGUCUAUAGGUAUGGUGGUACAGUAUAUUACAAGGAGCAUCUGUUACCUUAUGAAUAAUAUCAACUGGAAUAAUUUAACUGUAUAUUUGGCUCCUGUGUAUGCAUACAAUUAUGUUACAAUUACCGGUACUUUAUUUAUUGCCAAAUUUUUCAACAAACCAACCAUUUACUAAAAUUACACUGUACAAUAUUCUCUUCUGUAUUGAUUCAUGCAUAAUGGAAUACUGAGUCCCACAUCAAAUAGUUGAUUGAUGUAGACAUGAAAACAGAUGACAUCAGCAAUAAAGUCAUGCUCCUCACCAGCACUAUGUUGGUAAGUUUCACUAAGUUACUACAGUACCAUUUUCUGUACUGUUGGUCUCAGUGCUGUUUCUUCCAGUAUAGUCCAUAAUUAGCAACACUGUAGAAUUUAUUGAUACACUCCAGACACAUUUGUUUUAGUAAUCUUCAAAUUAUUACUUUGUAUCUUUUGUCAUCCCAUAAAACAAUUCUCAUGUUGUUUUUAUUUUCUCACGAGAGUAUUUGAUAUUCUUUGAUGCUUUCCCAUUAAGCAAAUUACAGUACAGGCAGUGUUCUAUUUUCCAUAAUGAUUGUCUUUCAUAUGUACAUCCAUUGUUUUGUUAUGCUGUCUCUUGGUCUUUGGUUUAUAAAAGCUGUUGUAGAAUGGGAGACGAGAUCUGUGAAUGUGAGUCGGGUAUUUUACGUUAAUUUACUUCCGUGCAAAAUAUACUGGAAUUUAGAAUAAAAAAAAUAAUCUCGGAUUUCAGUGAUUUAUGUUCAUGGCACAAGGUAGUGAAAUUAAAAUAAAAUACGGUAUACCUGUACAGUAUUAUGGUUUGGUGUUGAUUUUGGAUUGAUACAUAAAACGUUUCAUUAUUGAUAAACUAUGAAAUACACUUGAUGGAAAACCGUAAGUGUCAAGAGCAUUUGUUUGUUUGGCUCAAUCACAGAUAACGUUUCAAAUACUGUAUGUAUUUCAGUGAAAGAUAUACUGUAGUUUACAAUUGUUGAUAUUCUUACAUAACAUCACCAGAUGAAAUCAGUAAAAAUGACACCACUUGAGUGCAGUGGAAGGGUUUCAUAGUUAUUAUGAAUCCUAUUUUAUUUUUAUUUUUUAAAAUACAUCACUUGAGCAUUUGCUGAAGAUUAACAACUCAGUUUAGACACAUCCAUGGGAAUUGCAUCUCAUAUUUUAUUAAUGUAUCAUAGUUGAUUCCAAUGAUAUUUUUGCUGAUGAAUAAUAUAUAUACAAUAAUAUCUCCAUUAGCCAGAAUCCCUCAAACCCGGAACUCUCCGAUAGCCAGACUUGAAAUUUUCUCGGAAAAUUGUUCCCAAAGUCAAAAUUUUCCGGAAAAUUACGGCUUUGGGAAUGAUUUUUCGAGGGGCUCAUUUUCUGGAAACUUCCGUGAAAAUUUUCCCAGUACCCGGAAAAUUCUGGGAAUGGAUUUUUUCCAAUGUUUGAGAUAUGAAAAUCGAGCACAUUUUCCAGAAAUUCAGAGAAAACCGGAAAAUUCCGGGGACGGGGGAUAUUGAUCCGUGUUCGAGAAAUGAUGCAAUGGGCAAUUUCUGGUACAGUACUUCCAAGAACAUUUUUACGUUACCUGAAGGAGCUCUGCACCAAUUGUUCCUGCAAACGGAGAUAUCACUUUAUAUAUACUGUACUGUACUGUGUCGGCAGCAAAAGGCACUAAUUAAAAAAGUGGUUGAAUAUAUUCAUUACUUUAUGCAUUUUUUUUUUAAUAUCCAUAAUAGAUAUAUUAAAAUUUUCUGCAAUUAGUAAAUGACAUUUACAGUAAUCAGUUAUUUUAUUUUUUAAAAGUAGGUAGUGGGUAGACUGCCUGUGUGAAAAUUGUCAAGGUCACAAAAUUACAACUUGCACUAUAGGACACAAAUGUGAAUAUAAGCACAACUCAAGAGUACGAAUGUUCGGUUUAGUUGUAUGAAUUACAGGCAACACUUCCUGUUCAUCUGACUUUUGUCUGGACUUCCUUCAAUAUUUGUAAUUCUUAAUGUAUGGUUACAAAUAUGUGAGUAAUAAAUUACUAUACUUUUA